GUUCUCAGCGGUAAGAUUUAGCCCCCAAAAACCUAAAAUUUAUUUUCAGAGGUUUAAGCCGAUAAAAUGCACUUGCAAUCACAGAGCUUCUGAAGGAAGUCGCCGCCAUUGUUAAAUCUGAAAGGAUCAAGAUUUUCUGGCAAUGUUUAAGAUGAAGAAGCAGCAGCGUCAGAAAAACAACAUUUCCAGAGGAGGAGGAAGAGGAGGAGGAAGAGGAAGAGGAGGAGGAGGAGGAGGAAGAGGAAGAGGAGGAGGAGGAGGAAGUAACGGAAAGAGAAAAACUCCUGCAAUUGACAAUGAUCCGUUUUUCAAUGAUAAAAACCCCAAACGACAGAGAGGAAAGGGCGAGGAGAUUCUCAGCAGCGAAGAAGACGACGACGAUUUCGUUGACAGAAAUGGGGAAGAAGAAGACGUCGCCUUGGAAGACACAGAGACUGCCGAUGAUAAGCGACUUAAGUUGGCCAAAGCUUAUCUGGACAAAAUUAGGGAAAUAACAAAAGCCCAGGAGGAAGAAAACGAAGAAGAUGAAGAUGAAGAAGGGCGGAGGGGUAAAAGGGAUUCGCUUGUUGCCGAGAUUCUCCAGCAAGAGCAGCUCGAAGAGAGCGGCCGGGUGCAGCGCCUUUUUGCUUCGAGGGUUGUGAAGCCCUCCAAGCAGGUAGAAUGGCGAGUUGUUAAAAGACACAAGCAGUCUGUAACAACUGUAGUUCUAAGAGAAGAUGAUUCAAAGGGUUUCUCAGCAUCAAAAGAUGGUACUAUUUUUCAUUGGGAUGUUGAAACAGGUGCAAGUGAGAAAUAUGACUGGCCCAACAGGGAAGCCUUUACAAAAAACUCAAAUAAGAAACAGGGUAGCAAACAUAUUCUAUCAAUGGCUAUCAGUUCUGAUGGCCGGUAUUUGGCUACUGGAGGAUUAGAUCGUUAUGUUCAUCUAUGGGAUACCCGGACACGAGAACAUAUUCAGGCCUUUCCAGGUCAUAGAGGAGCUGUGUCUUGUUUAGCUUUUCGGCAAGGUACACAACAACUUAUAUCCGGAUCAUUUGAUCGCACAAUCAAAUUAUGGAGUGCAGAGGACAGAUCCUACAUGGAUACUCUCUACGGUCAUCAAAGUGAAAUCCUAACAGUAGAUUGCUUGCGAAAAGAACGAGUUCUUUCUGUUGGACGUGAUCACACAUUGCGUUUAUGGAAGAUUCCUGAGGAGACACAGUUAGUGUUUAGAGGACAUGCAGCUUCUUUAGAAUGUUGUUGUUUUGUCAACAAUGAAGAGUUCAUAUCAGGUUCUGAUGAUGGAAGCAUAGAACUUUGGAGCAUGAUGCGGAAAAAACCAGUUUUUAUUGCAAAAGGUGCACAUGGGAACACAGGCAUUCAACAUCUCUCUGAGGAUCAUGGCACUGGGGAAAAGCCAGAAGAAAUGACAUCCUCACAAAUUAAUGAUGGCAAUGAUAUUGGGAAUGGUAACAUAACACAUAAAAUGGGAAGUAGCUCUUUUGUAGAGUCCUGGGUUGGAGCUCUUGCAGUGUGUACAGGGAGUGAUCUUGCUGCAUCAGGAGCUGGUGAUGGAAUGGUGCGAUUGUGGGCUAUCGAGAACAGCAGUAAAAGCCUUAAAGUUGUGCAUGACAUUCCCUUGACUGGAUUUGUUAAUUCACUCGCAUUUGCACGGUCUGGACGAUUUCUUAUUGCUGGAGUUGGGCAGGAGCCUCGAUUAGGUAGAUGGGGUCGCAUUCAAGCUGCUCGUAAUGGUGUUGCUUUGUAUCCAAUUGAGCUUUCAUGCUGAGCCUGAGGAGAGAAUUGGAAUGAUCGGAUCAUAUCUUUGUUGCUUUGUCUCUCAGUGUGAUAUGCCUGGUAUGUUUGACAGUGUAUAGGAGAACCUGGUGCUUGUUUUGGGAAUUCCCUUUAUAGCAACACAUUCUCCUGAUUUGUCAAUGUUUUCUGCAUGUCUAAAGUUGGCUGCCAUAUUUCAAGUUUCAAGCACCAAGAUCGUUCUGAUGCCUAACAGUGGCUGACCAGAGUAUUGUAUUUGAGAAUUCAGUAUCAAAUGUAUUUUAUAAAGUUGGCUUGGCAUGAAACAUAGUGCUGAGAGAAUUUUCAAAAUUUGCCCUCUCAAUCUAUGCAUUCAUUUAAUUUUUGCUAAGUCAAUGUAAUUUUGUAGUUGAUAUGAAUUUAUUUUUUUAAUAGUUUAAUCUUUUUAAUACCCUUCGAGAAGAUGCCUUCUUCAGGCCAAUUUUGAGGAAUAGGAAUCUACAUCACAUGCUAUGCAAAUUUGCUAGAUUUCAUCAAAUUUUAGGCUGUUGUGACAUGGCUCUUGCAAAACAUUUUUACACGGAAGGCAAAUUUUAUGGCCUAUUAAUGCAAGUCAAUUGCCUUCACUACAGUUCCUAAUUCCCUAUUGUAAAACUGGGAUUAUUUGUGCGUGAUGUGAACUCAAUAUCUGUUUAGUAGAGUUGGAUUCUACUUGAGCAAUAUUUUGGCCAUUUCUCA